AUGUCGCUCCGCAAGCGCCAGCGCUCGGCGAGCAGCUCCCGCCUCUCCUCCCUCUCCUCGCCGGCGUCGCCCCCCCGCCCCGUCGCCGCCUCCGCCUCCUCCCCGCCGCUCUCGUUCCCCGGCGCCGACCUCCUCCUCCGCCUCCACCUCGACCCCUCCUCCGACGACGCCGACGCCGACGUCAAGCCCGACCCCGCCGCCUUCCUCGACCUCCACGUCUCCUCGGCGUCCCUCCUCCGCUCGCGCUACUUCGCGGCGCUCCUCUCCGACCGCUGGUGCCCCGACCCGUCAUCCUCCCCCGCCGGCCGCCUCUCCCUCGCGGUCCCCGCCCCGCCCUCCUGCGCCCGCCCUUUCCACGCCCACGUCGAGGUCGUCCGCCUCCUCCACACGCUCGACUUCGCGGGCACCAUCCGCUCCCCCGCCGACGCCCUCGACAUCCUCCCCGUCGCGCUGCAGCUCCUCUUCGACGCCUGCGUCGAGGCCUGCAUCCGCUUCCUCGAGGCCGUGCCCUGGUCCGAGGAGGAGGAGGCCCGCGUGCUGGAUCUCGCGCCGCUCCUCCCCGGCGACGAGGCCGCCGACCUCCUCGCCAGGGUCUCCCUCCCCGCCGCCGCCGCCGCCGCGGCGGGCGAGGCGGCCGCCAGGUCGCCCUCGGAGGCGAUGCUGCACGGCCUGAUCCAUUCCGCCAUCCACGGCCACCCCGUCCCUGCCGCCACCAAGGCGUUCGUGGCGAUGCUGCUCAAGGACUACCCCUCCCGCGACUGCGUGCACAAGGUGCUCGACGAGGCGUUCCUCUCCCGGCUCGACACCGUCAAGGAGCUCCUGGGCAAGUACGCCAGCCCGGACUUCAGGAUCGCCGUCGACAGCGACGAGCGAGAGGCGAUACAGAAGUUGAACCUGCACUCGGCGGUCCUGAAUGUGAAGCAUCUGCUCUGGCUCAUUGAGAGGAUGGUGGACAUGAGGGUGGCCGAUAACGCGGUGAAGCUUUGGAGCGAGCAGGUUGCGCUUGCUGCUGACUUGCAGAAGUUGCUCAAUGAUGCUGACAUGUGGAGGAACAUGGCUCCUGGGCUCCCGAUGCUUGUGACCAGAUGCACGCUCAGGCUCGCCCAUUCAGUUAUGAUUGGGGAGACGCUGGUUCCUCGGCAGGUGAGGAUGAAACUUGUCAAAAGUUGGCUUCCUGUCCUGAAUGUCUGCAGGGACAUCGCCCAACCUAUGCACAGUGGAUACAAAUCGUCAAACUGCCAAGAGCUGGAGGAGACAUUUCUUAAGAUCAUCUCCACAUUGUCCGUCCCAGAUGCUCAGGAGCUGCUGCAACAAUGCCUUGGGUUCUCAACUCGCAACGUCGAUGACUGCCAGCAUUUGGUCACCGCCUUCAAGACAUGGUUCAGGCGAGCUUCCAGGGAUCCACAAGGUCCACAAGGUGGGGAAGACUGA